AUGGCGCAGAGCAUUCCCCAGAACGUAAUCGACGGCCUGCGAACUAUGCUAUCGCUGGGCAGUUCAAACGACAAUGAGACGAGCUCUUCUUCUUCUUCGAGCGACUUGACGCCAGUUGAUGUGGUUAUUACGAGAAUCAUGCUCACCAAGGGGAGGAAGCUUCCGCCGGGUGUUGUUGAUGUUAUCUUCGACUUUGCGGAGUAUUGGGCGCAUUCGAGUAAUGAGGUUGAUUACAUCGCUGAGCACUCGAGUCCCCUCCGCGUCAACGGCCAGAGUCCCUCUGAGAACAAAUUUCUUCUUCGAUCGUUUCCUGUGGGUCUAACAGGCAUUCAAGGCAAGAAAGCGCUUGCUGAAGUGUUGGCGUAUGACCUGAAUGAGGCCAAGCCGGCGCCGUUGAAGACGGAGCAUGAUGCUUCUUAUUUUUCUAAGCUGGCUGAUUAUCCUACCCCGAAACUACUCCAUCCUGUGAGAAAGGUGGUCUUUACGAUACGGAGUAAGGAUCAAGGGUGGGGUGGUGAGCCGGAUAAUCGACAUACCUACAAUGGAGCUUGGACGUGGUUCGAAGCUGGUCUAGAGAAGUUUGACGCCGAACAAACCU